GCCGAGCCAACUCGAGCGCCUAGCCGCACCCGAACCGUCUCGCGCGUGCGUGUAGGCCGGCAGCUCGUCGACCCGGGCGCGAGCGCCGUGCUUGUCGUCGGCGUCGUCGGGGGUCUUUGGCGGGUCGUCGUCGGUCGAGUAGUCGGCGAGGAGGGUGUUGUGGGUCGAAUGGUGGUCGCGUUGGUGCACGGCGGGGAGGACGUCGAUCUCGUCGUCGUCGAUGCCGAGGUGCGCAGGACGAGGUCGAACGAGGGUGCCGAGCUCGAGGUCUGGGUGGGCGGGAGAGCGUGGGCGCAAGGGCGAGUUGGUGCGGGCUGAAGGCAUGGCCCUUGUGCGCGAAGGCUGCGCUCCAGGCGAAGCUUGCGGCGGUUCGUGAGCGCGAGGUGGAGCCGACUCGGACGAGGUCAAGCGGCUGCUCUGUUCGGGUUGCUCUCGUCACCACGCUCGCCUCGCGCGCCAUGCCGCUACCGCCAGCCGCCUUCUACAGCACUGCUCCCGGCCGAGCAGCCCCGCCAGCUGCGUCCUGGGACGACGACGACGAGUGGAACGCGCCCUACGAUCGUCCACAAGUACCUCGAACAGAGCAGGAGCACAACAUUCGGCUCUGGCAAGACGCGAACACCGCUCGCCCGACCUACUCGAUCCUUCCCUCCUCCUCCACCGCACGUGUCGUCCCUCCACCAGCAGCACUCGACGCCCGCACCACCAACGGCCCUCCCAAGCUCACCAUCCUCAAGCGGCCGACUGCUGUUGCCCCGGCCGCGGCAUCGAGCCGCACGAGCAGUGCCGAGGGCCGAGCGAGGACCGACAAGAGCCUCAAGGAGCGCGAGCGCGAGUACGCCGAGGCCCGGCGGCGGAUCUACGGCGAGGAGUCGUCGGCCGGCUCGGGCGCGACAGCUGCGUCGUCGCGCUCUGCAUCGCCUGCGGCGUCGUCGGCCGGCUCGAGGACGGCCGCCCUCGCUCGCAGUGUCGAGAGCCUGUCCCUCGGCACCUCGGCGGGCCCAGGGCGAGCGCGAGGGAGCGCCUCGUCCGGCGGCGCAGCAUCGCCGAAGCGCACGCUUGGCGCGCCGACCCGAGCACCACGUCCCUGGACGACCGCUCGACAACCUUCGGUCGACCGCCACGCCGAGUGCCACAAGCCUCAGCGUUGCACAGCAGGUCGUGCCGCCUGACGACGAGCAGCGAGAUUCAUCUUCAGCGAGUUUCUCCUCGAGGGCCGGACAGAGCAGAGCCACGUGCAACUCGUCAUUUCUCACGG